AGUCAGUUGUGUAAGUUUUAUACAACGUGAAGAAGGAAUUUAACUGCUUGUAAAACUGAUAAUAUGUGUAAACGACAAUAAACAAAUAAGCUACUAGACAAAAAGAAUGUAUAUAGCUUAAAAUGAAUGCGAGAAAGGACAGCAGUGUCGAACUACGUGUAUCAUGAUUUAGUGUGUGGAGGUAAAGCUUUAUUACAGCAAACUUAACUUUGAUAUUGUUGUGUGUGAACAUUUGUCUAGUUGCAUGGUCGAGAAUUGAACAAAAUAUAACCUUUAGCUGUACCUGUUUAUACUAUUUACAAACGAAAAUAUCACUUCAAUAUUGGAAAAAAAACAUAAGUAGUAAACAACAUGCAUGAUGUAUGUGUAAGCAUUCUAAAUUUUUAAGAAGUGUUUUAAUAGUGAGUGUACAAGUCUGCAAUAGUUUUUAGUUAAUCAGCACCAUGUCUAGUCACAAUUUGAAGAAAAGAAAAGUGUCGCACCAAGAAGAUGAACAUACGAGUCCCUGCACCGAAAACCAAGGGAGUAGGCCACGAGCAAGCCGAGAAAAAACACAACAAAGACUUAAUAAAGCUUUACGAAGGAUUGAUACACUUGAACAUGAACUGAAAGUUGUGAGGGCUGAACGGGAAGUGGCGUUGACAAGACUUAGCGCAAUGAUGUCAGUAAAACUGCGGGACAACAAUCCUAACAUCGCCGACCUCAGUGAUCCAAACAUCGCCGACCUCAGUGAUCCAAACAGGCCUACCAACGUGGCGAUGAUGUUCAAUGAACUCUAUGACAACGAAUGGACAGACGCGUAUACCGUUAUCAAUAGCGUUCUUUCAGAGAGGCAAACCAUUAAGGUCUUGCUGGAUAUAGUGAUGUCUGCAUAUUAUUUUUGUUCUGGAGUGCUGGGCGAGGCGUGGCAGAUGAUGUCCGAAUGGUACCUCGAUGAUUCUUUGCCGAAUCGACAUUACAUAUGUAAGCUACUGAAAGACUCACGAAAAGCCGCGGUAGUAAAGAAGACGAAGCGGAUUUCGGAAAGAUUUUUGGCGCACCUUCAGAAGGCCUGUGCCUUCCAAACAUUGCAUUAUAUGUUAUCGUCAGAUGUUUUGAGGAAUUACGUCAUGCAGAGCGUCAAACUGUGUCUGCUGAUGUGUGCAAACGACCGACCAGUCGUCAUUGCUUGCGAAGGCUAUUGGGAAGACAUGCUUGCCAAUACCAUAUCAGAAUUGGCUGCAAGCAAAACCUUUGGUGAGGAAGAUAGAACAAACGGUGUUAACACGUGUACGAUUCCUGAAGUUAAUACUGGCAAAGAUGGAACGCAACCGAACCAACAACAAGCAAUAUUGGAAGAGAAACAACGUGGUGAACGGAGAUCAAGCAUAACUAAAAUGAAUAACAAUCCAAAGGAACUUGGAGGCAUAGUUCAAACAAACAUUGAAGAAAAGACACUCAUGAGAAUGCAGGAGCUUGGCCUUACGGAAAACGUUGUAUAUAUUCAAUUUAGUGAGAUAUGUACAGAUUUUGAGAGCAAACUACAAGUGCAUCACAGAUUUCAACGACGACCAUUCCAAAGAGGAAAGUUUAGAGAGUACACCGCACGAGGCUUCUACUUGGAGUAUGUUGUUUGGCCGGUGAUGUAUCUGCACCAGGGAGGUCCCAUGCUGGGCAAAGGUGUGGCACAGGGGACUUCGGAAGCGGCGGGAAGAGUUUACGAAGACCAAUGGACAUGGAAGAAAACUGAAUAAUAUAUCAACAGUUAUUAGCAUUCUUGUGUUAGUAUACAUUUCAAAAAAGUGAACCAU